CCUGCUUUCACGGCACCCGCGCCCGAACCCAUCGCCGAUAGACCACACCGGCUCCCCCGCGCUCUCCACUUGCCGCGACGGCGCCCACAGGUGUGCCCACGCACGCUCUCACAAGGCCACGCCCCUCUAUAUAUCACCGGCUCACCGCACGUCUUCCGCGCCAGCAAACCCGCGCAAAUUCUGUGCAUCACGCUCUCACUCUUCCCUGCCCGAGCUAGCCGCAAGCUAGCUUCGUCUCUCCGAUCAUCUCUCCAUGGGUUCGGGAGCUCUGGCAGCAGUGGUGGUCGUGGUGGCGGCGAUGGCGGUGGUGGGUGUGGGAGGCGACUUCGCGGCGGACCGUGCGGAGUGCUCGGACAAGCUGGUGGGGCUGGCGACGUGCCUGACGUACGUGCAGGACGAGGCGGCGGCAGCGGCGGCGCCGACGCCGGACUGCUGCGCGGGGCUCAAGACAGUGCUGCAGACCAGCCGCAAGUGCCUGUGCGUGCUGGUCAAGGACAAGGACGACCCCAACCUCGGGCUCAAGAUCAACGUCACCAGGGCGCUGGGGCUCCCCGCCGUCUGCAACAAGCCCGCCAACAUCUCCGACUGCCCAAAGCUGCUGAAUCUGCCGCCCAACUCCGAGGAGGCGCAGGUCUUCGAGCAGUACGCGAAGCAGGCGGAGGCCCAAGGCUUGCCGAGUGCAACUGGUGGUGCGAGCGCGGCGACCGCGGGCCCGCAGAAGAACGGAGCUGCUGCCGGUCCCGCGACGCCGUGGUUGGGAGUGGGCAGGUUCGGUGGCGGCGCACGCGCGGUGGUGCUCUCCCUCGUCUCCGCGGCCGCCCCACUCGCCGUGCCUCUCUUGCUUCUGCUGGGAUAGCGGACGAAACGGCGCAGAGAAACGAGACGUGGUGUUGCCGGCUCGUGGUCUCUAUUGGUGAUCGUAACAUGACGAUUGAUGUGCGUGCGUGCGUGGGUGCCGCUGUGAUUCUCGUGUCAAAAAAGGAAAUGAGCUUCGAUAAAAGGACUUGUACCGUAUUACACUCACAUGUUUUGA